AUGGCGAUGCCCAGGGUCUCAGAUCUUCACGAUCAAGACUCCUUGGUUGCGAACGCAAUGAGUAAAAAUCCCUGCACCAAAAGUUCAGCUGGCACUGAAAAGAUAAAGGAUGUAGCUCCUAGGAUUGAUGGGCAUGCAAGGCAUCUGAUAGAUAAGGCAGUUAUAUUUUAUGACAAUAAUGAGAAUGAGAAGCUAGUAUUGCAGCAGAAACAGACUGAUGAAAAUAAUGGUACCAAUCAUGCUGAGGCAAAGGGGGAUGCGUUCAUGCCUGCAGGUACAGAUGCACACUUUGCGGAUCCAUCAGCGUUUAACAAGGAUAGGAUUCCCAACCCUAAGCCUCAAGGAGGUGCUCCUAUUGGUCAAGUGACCCCCGCAUGCAAGAAGUGUGGCAAGAACCAUAAGGGUGAGUUGUUAGUGGGUUUGAAUGUGUAUUAUCAAUAUGGUAAGAUGGGUCAUCAUGCUAAGAAAUGUAAGGUCAAGUAUGGUCAUCCUCAAAGCCAAGUUGCUCAAGAUGCUCAACUGCAACCAAAAGGUGUUCAACGCAAUAAUCGAUUUUAUGCUCUUCAUGGUAGGCAAGAGGUGAAUACGACUCCUGAUGUGGUUAUCGGUAUGUUACCGGGUCUUUCAAUAUGA